UGGAUCACUGAGAGAGAGAGAGAAGAGAGACGAUGAUGAUGAUGCCUUCCUCCUUCAGCCCAGUCUCUCAAGCUGCUCAGUGGAUUUGCUGAUUUUUUCUCGAAAUUAAUUUUCUGCAAGUUAUUCACUGAGGACUGAGGGGAGAUUUUAAAGCAGAGGAUGCUCCCACAGGUCAUUCGGAUUCUGUAUGUCUUGUCUUUCUGCUUUUUCCAAGGAGGCUUUAUCAGACUGAGCUCCUGUAAGGAGGAGAUAAAGCCCCCCGGCAGGGCAGGACCACAGCUGUCGCCUUCUGACUUCCUGGACAAGCUCAUGGGGAAAACAUCAGGAUAUGAUGCCCGCAUCAGACCCAACUUCAAAGGCCCAGCUGUGAAUGUCACCUGUAAUAUUUUCAUCAACAGCUUUGGGUCCAUCACAGAAACUACAAUGGACUACAGGCUCAAUGUGUUUCUACGGCAGAAAUGGAACGACCCUCGCCUGGCGUACAGUGAAUACCCCGACGACUCCCUUGAUCUGGAUCCAUCCAUGUUGGACUCUAUCUGGAAACCUGAUUUAUUCUUUGCAAACGAGAAAGGAGCCAAUUUCCACGAGGUCACCACUGAUAACAAGCUGCUACGGAUUUUCCAAGAUGGCAGCGUUCUGUACAGCAUCAGGCUGACUCUUGUACUGUCCUGCCCUAUGGACUUGAAGAAUUUCCCAAUGGACAUUCAGACCUGUACAAUGCAGCUUGAAAGCUUUGGUUACACCAUGAAUGACUUGAUCUUUGAGUGGCUUUCUGACAACCCCGUUCAGGUUGCCGAUGAUCUCACCCUCCCCCAGUUUGUGCUUAAAGAGGAGAUGGAUUUGGGCUACUGCACUAAGCAUUACAACACAGGUAAAUUCACCUGCAUCGAGGUGAAGUUCCACCUGGAGCGUCAAAUGGGCUACUACUUGAUCCAGAUGUACAUCCCCUCCCUCCUCAUCGUCAUCCUCUCCUGGGUGUCUUUCUGGAUAAACAUGGACGCUGCACCAGCCAGAGUGGGUCUGGGCAUCACCACCGUACUGACUAUGACCACGCAGAGCUCUGGGUCGAGGGCCUCGCUGCCCAAGGUCUCCUAUGUGAAGGCCAUUGACAUUUGGAUGGCGGUGUGCCUUCUGUUUGUGUUUGCUGCCCUGCUGGAGUACGCGGCAGUUAACUUUGUCUCACGGCAACACAAGGAGUUCAUCAGGCUGAGGAAAAAGCAGCGGCAGCAAAGAAUAGUGUUUGCCAGUCAUCCAACAGGGAGUGUUGAGUCGUUGCGGAAAGCGAAUGACAUUCCUGAUAAGAACUCAACCUACAGGAACCUGAAUCAGCACUGCAGCGCCUGUGCUAGGGAAGAGGACAUGGUGAGGGAGAGCCGUGGUUUUUACUUCCGGGGUUACGGAAUGGGUCACUGCCUGCAGACCAAGGGCGCUCUGGAGGGGGCCACCGUGUACACCCCACCGCCACCGCCGCCGCCUCCUCCUCCGGUUACUUUCAGCGAUGGAGAUGUACUUCACAAGCGUUUUGUGGACCGGGCCAAGCGCAUUGACACCAUAUCCAGAGCCGUCUUUCCUUUGAGCUUCCUCAUAUUUAACAUCUUCUACUGGAUCACCUAUAAAGUGCUGCGACACGAGGACAUCCAUGCAGCUUUGUAGAACGCUCUGUGCCGACCCUGUUUUCUCAGAACCAAAACUGCCUGUCAGAUCUACAUUACAACGAGGAAAUGUGUCAAGAGGCAUAUCUGCUUCUUAAAAACCAUUGCUACAAACUUUGUGCUCAGGUGCGUCUUCAGGAUCUCAGACGAAGGACAAGGUUAAGCUGUUUGGAUUCAGGCUGGUGUCUGCGAUCGCCGUCUCGUAUCUGUCUUCAUCCGGAUUACAACAGAGACAAAUCACCGCUGGUAGUUGUGGGUUCAUGACCUUUGUUUGACAUGAUGAGUCGAUGUUGAUCCUGGCUGGAUGAGAUAUACUGACUUGAAUUUUGACACUACGCAUCUUUGAAUGAAUGUUUUUGAAAAUUCAAAAAGAUAAAGGGUUUUUUCACACCUUUAGAUUAUCUAACGGGUACCAAUGGGUGCGAGGGGGAGGGAUGGGUCUUUGAGAUUUAUUAAUAUUCAAAAAAAAGUGGUGAUAAUUCAAUUAAGAUUAUAUCUAUACAACAGUGUAUAAAGUGUAUUUAAAAAAAAAAAAAAAAAAAGCUGUUCAUUAAACUGCACAAAGCACAAAUAUGUAUUUCCUUUUUGUCUAAAUUUAAAUAAAUUGAUAUUCUGCCAGGAAACAAGAAAUGAUUUGUUCCUCUUUAAGCUAAAGAUUCAGUUGAUUACUCUGGAAAAAAAAAAGGAUGCAGGGGUUGUGCAUAGAAAUGUUUUUUUUAAAAGUGGAUAAGAAUUCAGUCACAGAAUAAAUGCAUCAAUUACUUUUCCAUUUCAGUCCCUAAUAGAGCCCAUCAGCUCCAAAUCCCAAGAGGGAAUAAAAAAAAAAACAUUUAACCAAAAAGUGGAAAUCAAACUUUACAAUAAAAGCAAAUUGUAAAUUCUGCAGAUGCACAAUAAGUAAUCAGUUCA